AUGGAGAAAACAAUCAAGCAGGAGUUUGAAGUGAAAGCGGAGGACGUUGUCAAUGACGAUGCAUAUACAGGUGGAACUUACAAGCUGGGUGGAAACGGUUGGGAAGAGAAAGUGUUGAAGGGUAUUUCAGUGGAAGAAGUAUGCAAAAUGAAAUUUGCUUGCAUAGACAAGGCCGAAACAUUUUACAACAUGUUAGCAAAACUAACCGGAUUUAGUAUUCGAAAAGAUGAUUUGAAGCGAGACAAGAAUGGAGAUAUAAUAUCUCGAAAGUGGGUGUGUUCCAAAGAAGGACAUCGAGCGACAAAGUUUAUUGAGAAUGACAACCGACAGCGUGAGCCACGAUCGUUGACUAGAGUUGGAUGUGAAGCUGCAUUUCGUGUAGGCUUGAAUAGGAAAGAUGGAAAGUGGAUUGUAAAGGAAUUUAUAGGAGAUCAUAAUCAUAAUUUGGUCGAUGCUAUCAACAGACAAUUCCUUCGGUCUCAUCGAACAAUAAGUAAUCCAGAUAAGGCACAAGUUGAUGUUUUGCGUAAAGUAGGUGUUAAAACCACACAAAUUAUGGACUAUAUGGUCAAACAAUCAGGGGGACAUGAGCACGUCGGUUUCACACAAAAAGAUAUAUACAAUCACAUUGAUGCAAUGCGUAGAAGUGAAAUUAAAGACGGUGAUGCAGAAGCGGCAUUGGCUUAUUUGUGUGAAAAGGCAGAAAUGGAUUCUUCAUUUUUUUAUAAAUUCAACAUUGAUGAAGAAAGUCGACUAGCAAAUUUGUUUUGGGCUGAUUCAACUGCUCGAAUGGAUUAUGCGUGUCUUGGAGAUGUCCUAGCAUUUGACACAACCUAUAGGACAAAUGCCUAUAAAAAGCCUCUAGUAGUGUUGGUCGGUGUUAAUCAUCACCACCAAACUGUUGUAUUUGGUUGUACGUUAUUGAUAGAUGAAAGUGUUGGGACAUAUGAAUGGGUGUUGGAGACAUUUCUUGAGGCAAUGAUGAAUAAGAAACCCAUAUCUGUUGUAACCGAUGGGGAUAAAGCUAUGCGUAAGAAUGUGCAUAUUAAGGACUUCUCAAGCAUAUUUGCAAGGUGCAUGUUCAUGCGUGGGAAUGAAGAAGAAUUUGAAAAGGUGGAGCAUUUGGAAGAGAUUCCUCAGUCAUGUAUUAUGAAGAUGUGGACAAAGUUAGCAAAGGUGUAUACAAGAUCAGUACCAGUGAAUGAGACGGAUAACGACAUGGAUCGGUUUGUACGAUAUGGUUCAUUGAGUUCGAUGUGCAACAAGCUCUCCUACUUUGCGUCAGAUACGUCAUCUUCAUUUAUAGAAGCCAAAAAUGAAAUACAAAAUUUGACGGCGAGAAUGGAGGAACUCUAUAACUAUAAUUUGAAAGGGAAUAAAAUAGCAGCAGAUGGAGCGACAGGCACUAACCAAGUUCGUGAUCCAAAAUUGUGA